CGACGAUAGAGAUUGGAGGCUUUUGCAAACCCUAACAGCAGUCUUUGUCCCCAUUUUCACUAACAUUUUCCUCUCCAUCUCUCCCUCUCUCUAAAACCACACACUCGCUCUCUCUGCAGUAUCCCUCCUAUCCCUUUCCCUCUCUGUUCUUCAUAUAAAUCCUGAAAUUUCAGUUUCACUUCAUCUUUUAGGGUGACAGAUCUGAUGAGCUUUCUUUUUUGAGAAAAUGUUUGUACUUCCAUUAGUGAAUAUGGAAAUGUUUCCCUUUUGAAUUCACUGUUAGAGAGCCUAUACUCAGUUCACAAGGUUCAUCUUUUGAAGAAGGGAAAGCUUCCAUUUCAUUUGUUAAUUUCAAUCUUCCUUUUUGGCAAAGAAAUCUACCCUACCGUGAUCAGCUGAUGUCAGAAGGUGCUAUGGCAGUUGCAAAAAAAGAGUCUUACAUCUGGCUUCAAACUGCUGAUGGUUCAAUUCAACAAGUGGAGGAAGAAGUUGCCAUGUUUUGCCCCAUGAUAUGUCGUGAAGUACUUAAAACAGGCAUGGGAUCUUCCAAAAAUUAUGCUAUAUCACUUCCUCAACGAGUCAAUCCUGCUAUCUUGGGCUCAAUACUUGAUUACUGUCGAUUUCAUCAAGUACCAGGUCGCUCUAAUAAGGAGCGCAAGACUUUUGAUGAAAAGUACAUCAGGUUAGAUACAAAAAAGUUAUGCGAGUUAACGUCUGCUGCGGAUAGCCUCCAAUUGAGGCCUUUGGUUGACCUCACCAGCCGUGCACUUGCUCGAAUGAUCGAAGGCAAAACUCCUGAAGAGAUACGCGAGACAUUUCAUUUACCUGAUGAUCUUACCGAGGAGGAGAAGUUGGAGCCCUUGAGAAACAUGACUGAUGAUCCACGCAUACGGCUUUUGAAUCGGUUAUAUGCAAGAAAGAGGAAAGAAUUAAAAGAAAGGAAUAAAUUGAAGAAUGUUGAUGUUGAAGAAGAGCGCGUGGAUGAACGCUCAGUUGAUGAUCUCUUAUCGUUCAUAAAUGGUGGAGAUGGAGAUUCGAAAGGGGUUAGAGCUACUAAGAAUAAAAAGAAAAAUAGGAGGAGAAAAGAUCAGCCAAGGGACUUCUCUGCUGACAAUUCAAAUGGAAACCAUAAGAUGAGUGGUGAAGCUGACGAUGUGCAUACUUCAAGUAAAACUUCGAAGUUGCAAGACUAUGCAUCUGUUCCGUUUUCACUUAAGCUUGAGUUUGAUGAUGGUGAUAUUGAUGACGAGUUAGAUCCUGCAAUGAAGGAAGAGCUUGACAGGGAAGUUGAGGAUUUUGCUCGAAGAUUAAACUCUGUUUGGCCAGAAAGAAUGCAGGAGAUUCUAUCUUUGGGUCAAGAAAGGAGGCUUCUACCAAUAUCCAUGAAUGGCAAUGGUUCCUUGGAGAGAUAUGCAGGUAUGGAUCUAAGAUAAAUAUCCAGUGUGCAGAUGGCAUGAAUCUCGCAAGGUGCAGCCUGAACAACUUGGAUGAUAUGCAGAAUGGCUUUGCUGUUAUCAGAACCUAGGACAGUGGUGAUUUGUUAUGUACGGGCUGCAUGAGUUUAUUUUUUUCGUCUUAAUUGUUCUUGAGGAUGUUUUCUUUGCUGCAAAAAGCUUGAAGAAAAACAAAUAGAGAAGAGUUUUUUGUUUCCCAGUUGUUUGUAACUAUCAGCCAUUUUCGUUAUGCUUAAUCUUAACAUGAAAUUUUCAACGC